GCGACCAGGGCUUGGCUGGCGUCGUCUGCAGGGUGCCGUGGACCAAUGGCACAUGCCGUCGCCGAGUGUGGCGGGUUCCCGCUGCCAGUGGCGCAGUACACCCCUGGGUUUGAGCCGAUCGCCCUUGCCUGGGGGUGGGGCCUGCUCGGCGUCCUGUGCGGGGUGCUGGUCGGCUUGUACUUCGAACCGCUCGCGCACCGCGCCGCUUCGCUGGUUGCUGGGCGGGGGCGUCCGGCUCAGGCGGUGACCGGGCCGCCUGGGCUGACUGCCAUGCCGCCGUGGCGUCCGACGGUCCGCGGCGAGCUUGCAGCUGCGACCGGCCGUGGUUCGGGCCAGCACAGGGGCCUGGGGCGUGUGACGCCUUCCCGGGUUCUGCGCCGCGACCCUUUCGCGGGCGUCAGGGUUGGCGAGGCCCCGCAUCCGAGGCCAGUGGGGGAUCACGAGUUCUUGCGGGACAUGGUGGAUUUGGGCUUUACCCCGCGGCCCGUAGGAGAGGUCGUGGCGGCGUUGGGCUUCGCCGAACAGUCCGAGGGAGUCGUUGUGGGCUUCGCCGCGCCGACUGGAGGGCAGAGCCGCCCUCCCAGCCCAGGACCUGGAGAAGGGCCGCCAGCUGCCGCUACGCUGCCAGCCGCCGUGGGCCAGGGCGUGGAAGGCGCGCCUCUGGGCGGCGAGCGGCCGGCGAUGGCCGUGCGCCCCAGCGACGGGUUCCCUAACAUGGACCCGCUGCGGCCCGUGGUGGAGGUGCCCCCGCUCCCGCUGGGGCGCCUGCCGACGUGGAGCCGCCACCUCCUGUCGCAGCUGGCGACGCAGACGUUCGACGUGGUGAGGACCAAUGUCGGGGAGGCCGAGUUCGACAAGCUGAUCGAGCCGAUCGCGUCGCUCGUGAAGCCGCGGGCGGAGAAGGUCAACGCGGAGGUGGACGCCUUGAACCAGAUGCACGCCCUGCUCCUGAUGAAG